AGUCUGACAGGAAAAUGUAAUGGCUCUUAAGGUCAGAGUGGAGUCAACUAUAAAUGUAUUAUAACUGACAACACCUCUACUGAGUUAACUGCUGCGGCUGCACGGUGUCAUUAGUCAUCUCUGCAGGGACAACAUGAGCGCUUCUGUUGCUGUAUACAGGAGCAUUUACACGGAGGACCGAUUCAAACAGGCUUACGGCUCUGACGAUAACGCCAGUGGAAGCUUGCGGCUCCGGGAGAAACUCGCAGGGAGGUGCAGGUGUUCAAAGCGAGCCUGCCUUCACCUGUUGAGGGAGAGGGUGCCCAUUUUCAGCUGGCUGCCAAGAUACAAGCUAAAGAAAUGGAUUCUAGGAGAUACCAUAGCAGGACUCACAGUCGGUAUUCUUCACAUUCCUCAAGGCAUGGCCUUUGCUCUACUCACAUCCGUGGCUCCGAUAUUUGGUCUUUACACCUCUUUCUUUCCUGUUGUCCUAUAUAUGUUUUUUGGCACGGGUCGCCAUGUGUCCACAGGGACCUUUGCUGUAGUGAGUUUGAUGACUGGCUCUGUGGUGGAGCAGCUGGUUCCCAGUCCUCUGGAGAUGAACUCAAGUUCUUCUGAAGCGAGUGACUUUGAAGCCCAGAGAAUUGGAGUGGCCUCAGCUAUAGCACUUCUCUCAGGAAUUAUUAUGCUCUGCAUGUUUGCUCUUCAGCUGGGAUUUCUCUCCACUUACCUAUCUGAGCCAAUUGUUAAGGCCUUCACCAGCGCUGCCGCCUUCCAUGUCACCAUCUCACAGCUGCAAAGCAUGCUGGGCCUGCGGCUCCCUCGCCACACUGGGACCUUCUCUCUCUUCAAGACUUUAGCAUCAGUGAUGGAAAACCUGCCUCACACUAACAUGGCGGAGCUGCUGAUCUCUUUGGUGUGUUUGGCCAUCCUGGUACCAGUUAAGGAGCUCAACAUGCGUUUCAAGCAACGCCUCCGAACACCUAUCCCUGUGGAGAUCCUCACGGUGAUUAUUGCCACAGGUGUGGCUUAUGCCUGCUCACUGGACUCCACUUACAACAUUGAGAUAGUUGGCCAUAUCCCUGCUGGAUUCCCGAGGCCACAAUUGCCUGCCUUUCACACGUUCCCUGCCAUUGCUGGGGACACAAUAGCCAUAACAUUUGUUGGCUAUGCUGUGUCCGUCUCACUGGCAAUGAUUUAUGCUGAUAAACAUGGAUAUUCUAUACACCCCAACCAGGAGCUGCUGGCUCAUGGGAUCUCCAACACAGUGUCCUCCUUUUUUACCUGCUUCCCUAGCUCAGCCACUUUAGCCACCACUAAUAUACUCGAGAGUGCUGGAGGAUACACACAGCUCUCUGGGUUGUUCACUAGUCUUGUUGUCCUGAUUGUUCUUCUGCUAAUUGGACCACUGUUCUACUUCCUACCCAAGGCAGUCCUGGCAUGCAUCAAUGUUACCAGCCUCAGACAGAUGUUCCUGCAGUUCCAAGACUUACCUGACCUGUGGAGAAUCAGUAAAAUUGACUUUAUGGUUUGGCUUGUAACUUGGCUUUCUGUGGUGAUACUCAAUGUGGACCUUGGCCUGGCUAUCGGGGUGGUCUUCUCUAUGAUGACUGUCAUCUGCCGCACACAAAGGGCUGGUUGUUCAGUGCUUGGUCGGGCCAGCAACACAGAAAUUUACAGACCUCUGGAGAACCACAGCAAGUGCUACGAAGUGCCUGGAGUGAAAAUCCUGACUUACAACGGGCCCAUUUACUACGGCAACCGUAGCUUCUUCAGGGAGGAAAUGACUAGGCUGUUGGGCCUGACACCAGAGAAGAUCCGCAGGCGGGAGAAGGCCAUAAAAGCCCUGGAGAAACGGGAGAGGGAGACCACUGUCAACACUGUGGAAAGAGGGAUUGCAAACACAUCGUUUUCCUCAGAAAAUGAGUUCUUCAAAUCAGAAACAUCUGAAAGCGAUGCCCAGGCAGUGUUAAUCGAUUGCAGCAGCGUGAUAUUUGUUGAUGUUGCUGGAGCAAGACUCCUGACACAGAUGUGUACUGAGUGCCAGAAAGUUGGAGUUCAUGUAUAUUUGGCUAACUGCAAUGAGAGUGUUUUAAAGAUCCUAACGUCCAGUGGGCUGAUGAAAUACAUGAAUCCACAACAUAUCUUUGUCACCGUCCACGAUGCUGUGGUGUAUAUCCAACAGCAGAAGGAAAAACCUUCAGAGAACACCACGACAGUUUGGGUAUGAGGCUGAAGGAAGAUAUCAGACUGACUGCCAAACUUAAAUCAAAAUCAAAUCAAGCAGAAGGAAUUAGUCCACAACACAAAAACCCAUCAAUACAAAACAAUAAAAAAAUGAAUAUACUAUAUGACUGACAUGAAUAGUAUCGCCUGUUUUUUUUUUUUUUUUUUUUUUUGUAUAAUUUUGUAUUUUUAUUGUUGUAUAUGUUGUAUUUUGGCAUGUUAUCAGCAUUGGUUGUAUUUAUUUUUUGUUGUUUUUAAUACAAAUGCAUUUCAUGCACAUUGUAUAUAUUUUUAUUGUAUAUUUUUUACUAUGCAUAUUUAUACAUUUUGGAAUCUGUGCUUCAGUAUGCAGUCAUGUACAGUAAAUAGCACUGCAACUCCAGAAAGACUGAAUAAAAGACUUUAGGAAUGAGCUGCGGCAACUAUGCCACCCAGUGGCUGUUCUGACAAUGAAUGCAUCUUACAAACAAAACCUGGAGCAUUUUAGUGAAU